UAUCUGUGGACUGAAUUUAAAAAGAAGGAUAUAAAGAGAAACAUCAUAAAAUACGACGGCUAUAUUUUGUGAAUUGGAAUUGGAAAAAAACCACAAGUUAAUUAUGUGAACUGAUAGUAAUUAAGCAAUUUUGUUCUUAUUAUUUAGUAAUAAGUGCAGCGUGCCUAUUUUACUAAAAUUUAAAUGAAUCGGGAAUCCAAAGAUGAGAUUGGGGGGGCACAUAUAAAACCAUCUGCAAGAAAAAGUAUUCACACGCAUAACAGUAGCUGUGUAUACUUGUGUAAUAGAAAUAUGGGAAGAUACGGACUCAAUGCAGUCCGCGCAAGAAAUGAACUGAAUGGGCCUGAUACAGAGCAGGGGCAUGAUGAAGUGGACAAUGUUAUGAGCAAAUUGGCGCGCCCAGCAUCUCCUGUACCAGUAAGGAAUAAAAAAAAUAUUCGUAGAAAUUCGCAUGACAUCAAUACUGAAUACAGUGAAGACGAUUCUGAUGAAAACAACGUAUUAUCCAAGUCUUCCCCACCAGCAUUUUCGCUUUACAGUGACGAAUUGUACGCCAGUGCGAAUGCAACAUUCCAACAGAGUGACGCACGCAGCAGCAGAAAUGUGUCGCAGGACACUCCAGAACAACGGAGAAUAAACACCAGUGCAAAUCAACAAACACGCUCACAUUCGCAAUUGAGACAAAAGUUACCUAAGGAAAAGGAAACAACGUCCUGUCAGUUCUUACUCCAAAUGCUGUUGAUGCUCCUUACAGCUGGUAUUGCAGUAUUUUACAUAGGCUACUACCCCAGUGAACCAACUAAGAUGAAUAGCAUUUAUGAUAAGAUUAGCUUCUACAGCGAUAUUAUGGAUUUAGGUGAAAAAUAUAAGGUCAAGGAUACUUCCAUUCUGCAAGUAAGGACAGGUGUUGCUACAAUAUUUGAAAAGCAAGACACUGGAUCGUUUAUAUUUGCUUACAACAGCAAAAGUAACAGUUUUAAUCCGACACUGUUUAACAGUUUUGUUGAGGAUUUAGCUGCGACCGCUUCGAGAUUCUUACGUAACGACAGCGAUAACUUGUAUGCGGUUGUGGACACUGUGAAACUUAAAAUGCAAACCGAGAAGGAGUUCAUGAACAAAUACGAGGAAGCUGUUGCCAGAACUGGCGUUAUGCUGGUGAAAGACGUUGACAACGUCCCGUCAGAAAUCGCAAUGGCAUUCCACUACUACUGCGAUGAAUACAGUCCCCUCGUCAGGAGGAGCGCAAUAUUCUUCACGUUGAAUUUGGCUAAAUGCUCCAAUAAUUCCGAUCCAAAGUCCACGCACGAAUAUAUUGAAAAAUGUCUAGCCAAGAAAUGGAGUAACGUUGGUGAAGAUAGGAUUGGGCCCUUGCUAACAAGAGUUGUCAAUAUUGUUGUAGAUGUUACCAGUGUGAUAUAAUGAGGAUUCUCUUUUCAAUGGUAUUAUUUAAACAGGAAGAAAUCAUGGUACCUACUCUAGAUUUGAAGGAUUCAGGAAUAAAUCUGGCACAAUAUAAAAGGUCAAUCUAAGAGUGAACCUCUGAGUCUACCAUGAUAUGGAUGGAUGGCAGACAGUAUUAAUAGAGACACAACAUUGUCCCUUAUAUAUUUAUUUUAACAUUAUUUCAUUUACAUUUGGCACCUGUGCAAUUUAUUUGCCUGUACAAAAUGUAAAUGAAAACUGGAGUAAUACCUCACAGGCUUUAUAGGUACAUUAUGUAGUGUCUCUGAGACUUAUCUAUGAAACCGACGAAAACUAAAUAGUUUUCGAGUUAACCACGGACACAGUUUUUCUAAAAGAAAUCAGAUACAGCCCUAACAUCACUUGCAGAAUUAUAAUCAUGUGACUCCUGUCACUUUAUUAGAUAACUACGCGUCGUGUGGCGUAAUACUAUGCACGUGUCGGUCUUUGAACUUCAAUAGGGUUGUCAAUAAAUAUGCUAUUGUGUAUAAAAAAAUAAUAUGCUUCUUUUGAUUUAAUAUUUUCACAGGGGUUAUUCCUUAUGAAAUAUACUUACGCAUCCUUCAAUAUUACUUCAAUCCACUAUGUAAUUAGUAGUGAAAUACAUCCACAGUAACUAACUUGUAGUUGAUACAUCAGCAGAAGCUUAUUUUAUCUUAUUCAGGAUUUGAAUUAUUUUUAAUAUACCUUGUAAAUAAACAAAAUAUUGUUUCUAAUUUUAUGUAUUUUAAUAUUUAUUUUAAAUUGUAUAACAAAACUAAUAUGUAAGGCUUUCAAAGAAAAAUCGUGAAGGCUAAGUUCUGUAAAUAAAAACAUAUUCAAGUGA